UUUUUGGGUUCAUGUUGUCAAACUAGUUGUCGAGUAUUGAGGUGAAAGUUGGUCUUGUGCUUUUCUAUACGUCUUUUGAGUUUAUGGACAAUUCGAACUCUAACGAGACGCAAAGAAAAGACUUUGUUACCACGUGGCCUUGGAGCAACGACGAGCAACACGAUGGGGAAAACGAACCAUUGCUUUCCACUCACUCAUCUGUUCCACAAGGUUUUCAUCCAGAGAAGAGUCUUCAGAUGAUAUCUUCUACAAGUGAAAACAAAUUGGGCUUUCGUAACCUGUUUCCAGAGAGUUUUUUCUCUUCACAGCACAAUGUUGAUGAAUACAGCAGUUAUGUAGGCAACGAGAGUAAUGUACACUUGCCGUUGCUACAUCCUCCUCAGUUGGCUAGUCCAAAGUCUUCCAUGCGCAUGGAAAGUGCUAUCAAUAGCGUUGACCUCGUAAACUCUUUGUAUGCUGACGAGAGUUCAGAAGAGGAGUGCAAGAUUAUAGCUUUUGUGAAUUGUAAAAGUGGUGGACAACGUGGAAGGGAUGUGAUGGAAGUUUUGAAGCAAUUAUUGGGUUCUGAAUUCAGUAGGUUUUGUAAUUAUUCAGAUUUAAGAGCACUCAUAUGUGGAGGUGAUGGUACAUUUAGUUGGGUUGCAGGUGCGUUGCAAUUCCUUUCAGUGUCUCCACGAAUUGCUCCGGUUCCUUUGGGAACAGGAAAUGACUUGUCACGUUCACUUGGUUGGGGAGCACAGUAUCCAGGUAGAGCUCGUUUAUCUUCCAUCAUUGAGUCAGUUAAGAAGGCAUAUUUCUGUAAUCUUGAUGUUUGGCAUGUGAAGAUAUCUGUCAAUGGAACGUUGCCAGAUUUGACCUAUCAUAGAGAUAUGUUAAACUCGUUACCUAAAGAGAUGUUUUGUGAAGGUGGUGCUCCUCACUCAACUUCGAUGGUGAAUUCUCUUAGUUUAGGUGUCGAUGCAGAGGUAGAAAUGAGGUUCAAUGAAGAGCGAUGGCGAAAUCCUGAAAAGUUUAAAGGCCAACAGUUGAAUGUCUUUCUUCAUGUUUGGCACGGUCUGGAAGGAUUUUUUAGUUGUCACAAGUCAGUGAAAGACUGUAUUCGCUCAUUUCAAGUAGAUGGAAAGGAGAUUCCUAUUUCCGGUGCACUUGAGUCGAUUAUCAUUUUGAAUAUUCCAAACUACGCUGCAGGAGGGCUUCCUUAUAAAUUAAAAAAGGCGACUAAGAAGAUGUUGCCAUUAAAAGAAAAGAAGUUUUCGGAGGCAGCGGUUGAUGAUGGUCUUUUAGAGAUUGUAGGUUUAAGGAAUUUAGCGCAUGUUAUUCGUAUCCGUUUAGGAGCUGGCGCAGUAAAGUUGGCACAAGGGAGACAUGUUCGUAUAGAGUUGGUAAAUGCUUGUCGUCCUCUUGCUUUUCAGGUAGACGGUGAACCUUGGAGACAAAACUGUGGAGUCGUUGAAAUCUCACCGGGAAAGCAACAACCAGUACUACUCGGUCCUCGUCAUCAGAUUGCUUCUCGUAAACACGCUCAGUUUACUGCUGGAAUACGGCAAUGUUUUGUAUGAGACAUUUUGUGUGGUCAGGAGAACAGGUGGUGUGUAGUACUAACUCUCAUCUUUUGCAAUAUAUAUAUAAUAUAUAUAUAUAUAUAUAUAUAUUCGUUCCCAUCUAACAGAACCCUAAAGCAAUGACUUUGAGCGAAAUAAAGUUCACUCGUUCCAA